UAUCUACAAGAUGAUACUAUUUAUGCCAGUACACAAUCAAGUGUAAUAGAAGAUCAAUCCAUAAAACAAGAAUCAGGCAAUGAAGGUGAGCUAGCACAAGGUCAAUUGGCAAGAGAUAGUCAGCAAUCAGAUAAAUUAGCAAGAGACAAUGAUUCAGCAAGAAAAGGUGAUCAAACAGGUGAUGUACAUGUUGCUGGAAGCAAGUCAUUUUUAAUUCAAAAUAAUCUUCCUCAAUUACUCAAUUGGGAAGAGUAUGGUUUGAGGAUAACAGUACCAGAAGGAGCUGUUUCACCUUCUGAAAUCAAUGAAGUAUCCAUUACUGCUCUUGUUAGUGGAGAGUUUAUAUUACCAGAGGAUUCUGAGCUAGUCAGUGUUGUGUACAUUAUAACUGUCUCCAAGCCUCUACUGAAACCAGUACUGCUAGAGAUACAGCAUUGUGUUUCAAUUGAAACACCAUCUCACGCUAGUUACCUCAGUUUUGUUACUUCCCCUAGUAACCAAUGUCCUUUUGAUUUUCAGCCAGUUAAUAAAGGAAGUUUUCCAGUUGGUUCUCGGUAUGGCAGUUUACUCAUCUCUGAAUUUUCUUCAUGGGCCAUUGUCCAAACCAUUAAGGAAUGGUUUAAAAAGUUACGUCACUCAAGUCGUCAGACCACAUCUGAUGCAUGUGUUACAAUACCACUCUCUUCUCCAACAUUGCCUCCAUCACCACACUCUUUGACUGGUACUGAUAAAAGCACUUCAACAGAUGUAGAAACUGAAAGCCAUUCGACACAAAAUAUAGAUGUAUUGCCUGCCUCAUGGUUUUACUUUGCUCAGCCACUGUAUGAGAAUAAAAGCCCUGGAAAAAAAUGGCUGCUGAUAUUUCUAUUUGGUAAAGAUCUUAAUGCAUUAAUAAAGUACAUGAAUAAAAAGUUCAAGAGAGCAGAGAGUGAUCAAGAGUUUUCUUUUCAGUUUGAGAGAUCUAAUGGAUUCCUUGAGAUACACACUGACACAGAUAAGUGCAGUGAAGGUUGGUCAAUAAGUCCUCAUCUGGGAAACCCCACCAAUGAAGAGUCAAUGGAAAACCCCACCAAAGUAACUAAAGUUAGUCAGAGUACAAUUGAUGCAUAUGGACGAAUGAAUCCUCCAUGUUUUCCUCAAUGCCGUUUCACAAUCACUGCUACUACUGGUAGCAAUACUAAUCCUGAAUUAAGGCAUCCUGUAACAUUCAAGGGGAUCAUAUCUGAAAAUAAAGUCUUUUUAAUUGUAUUAUCAAUGGGUGAUCAUUUAAUGCAAGAUUCUGUCAAACAGAGCUGUUCAACACAGCAAUCUCAAACAGAUCCUAAGGAAGUUUUUAGAGAACAAUAUGGUGCCCUGUUUGAUCUUAUGACACCUGAAAAUAUAGCAGCUAUUGCUAAUAAGCUCUAUUCCAAAAGGCUCAUUACUGAUGACACUUUGCAAGACUGCAUGACCGAUGCAAGAAGACCAGCUGACAGGGCACAUUCUUUGCUCAAUGCUCUUCGUGUCACUAUUGAUCAACCUGGUGUGCUGAAAAAGUUGAUUCAAGUCUUGAAAAAUAAUGAAGCAUUCAGAUCUAUAGCAGAAGAGAUGGAACGUGACAUUUGACAUUGUUUAAAGUAAAUUAGACUAUGGUAAUUUUUACUUGGACUUUUAGUUUUGUUUCUUUUAAUUUACUUUACUUUUACCCAGAGAUUUAAUAAACAUAUAACGCAUAAUAAAUCC